AUGUGUCUGUUAUGGAUCACAGUCCUUAUUCUUCAUCAAGGAUAUGCCUUAGUUCCUGUGGUCACUGUUCAGCUUGGUGAGCCUGUAACUUUUACCUGUGCAAAUAUGGAGUCCAGAGCAUGGAUUCAGUGGUACAAGCAAACUUCUGGAGAUAAUCUGAAAAUGAUUGUAAAGCAGAGAAAAACCAUGGAUCCCAAUUAUAGCCCAGAAUUUCCUUCUUCAAGAUUCAAAGUUACAAAUGAUGACAAAAUAAGCAACCUCACAAUUCUGAGGACAGUUGGACAAGACGAGGGAAUAUAUCACUGUGCUCUUUUAGACUAUGUAGAGUUUACUUGGAUGGGGACAUAUUUGAUGGUAAAAGGAAACUCAAAGAAGACAUCCAGCUACACUGUUGUUCAGCAGUCAACAGCCUCAGAGUCGUCGCGUCCAGAAGACUCAGAGACUCUGCAGUGUUCAGUUCUCUCUGAGUCAAAGAACAAUUCAUGUUCAGAAGAUCUCAGCAUCAUGUUCUGGUUCAAAGCUGGAUCCAACAAAUCCUAUCCAAAUAUCAUCUACACUGAUAGUAAAAGAGCUGAUAACUGUGAGAAAAGUCCAAACACCCCAAAAAAAUGUACCUAUAACUUCCCCAAGAACAUCAGCUCCUCUGAUCCUGGGACUUACUACUGUGCUGUGGCUACAUGUGGAGAAAUCUUGUUAGGAAAUGUAAUCAGAAAGGAAGGAGGUCAAACAUUAUGUUACAAAAAUACGAUUGUGCUGAUCACAAUAAUCUUUUUAGCUGUUUCUGUGAUCGUACAUAUAAUUUUGAUCUUUUAUCGAACUCAAGCCUUGCCAUGUCAAAUAGUUAAAGAAAGACCCUCUGUAGCAAAACGCAACAACGUGAACCACCAAAGAGAUGAAAUUCUGGGGUCCAUCUCCAGCAAGUUGGAGAUCCUGCCGGAGCAGAAAGACCCAGAUCUCCACAAUCCUCAAAGAUAA